CAACGAUUGCACCACCAUCUGAAUAAAGAGUGCAACAACUUCACAUAUUUUAUCUUCAAUUUUGUUUUUCCUCGUGAGGUACGUCGAGGAAAUUUUACGUCUUCGUUGGGUUUGGUCUGCGUUAGAUCGACAGCGUUGGCGCCGCUUUUAGACGAGUCGGCGCUCGAGAACAUUCUCUACAAAGUUCAGGCUUAAGCCACACAACGGCAGUUUCGACGGUUAACCUAUCUACAUUGAAAAGUUCACAAUGCUUAGUAAGUUCGCUGUCGCAGAAAUCUUCGUCAUGGUACAUUCCGAAGGAUCCUUACCUCGAAAAAAUCGACCGCAUGGAAAGCGGCUCGAUCGAAGUAGAGGAAAAAAAUCGAUACAUCGGCGAGAAGGAAACGAAAAUGGAAACACACGAAAACAAUGGAAACAAACCCUGGACUCUGAAUUCAUGCGGCCUGUUUGAUGAUCUACAAAAUGGUAAGGUUUGAACAGGUUUAUUUUGAAAGGCAGUGAUUUCUUCUGAAAAGUCUCGAACAAAGACAAAGUAUUGAAGUUUAGCUGUAAAUUUCUUUGUUGCCGGUAUACCUCUGUCCAUCAGUCAAGUCGUAACUCCUCUUGAAAGCAAAACUUAAUCGCAGUUGUAAAGUUAAUUUACUAUCUCAUUCGUGUUAAACAAUUCUUAAUGUUUUCUUUUUUCGUUUCUAGAUAAAUUGGAAACAUUGGAGGACACUGGAAGCUUACAUCAGGUUGAUGCUGAAGAUAACGAGUUCAUCGCCCUCGAGCUCCUUAAUGAGUUGAACGCCAAACCAUCAGAAACAGCAAAACAUCCAAUGGAAAGUUUAUUGGACUUUUGUGAGUCACCAGGCGGUAUGGACAAUCCUUUCCUCGAGCAAUACCUUGAUAUCGACGACCUGUUUCCAGAUCUCCCACAUCUUGACACAAUGGAUCUAGGGUUCGGAGUGGAGCAUAUAUUACCAGUCUCCACUUCAGACAUCUGCCAGUCAGAUGUAGUGAGGAUGGAGACUGCUGGAACUACUGAGUACUCAGAUGUGGCUUCCCCUGGUAGUGAUGCAAUUGAUGCUGUCUCACUAGGUAGUGAUUCUGAGGUCUUCUCAUCUGCUGGAGACUUGACUGACAUGGCACUCUCCCCUGAGAGUGUAGUAGAUGUUGUGUCUCUGGAAGAGGAUUGCAAAAGUCUUCUAUCUUGUACUCAUCAACUUACCUCUGAUUCUAACGGAGAAAAAAUGGCUGAUACAGCCGCAGAAGAAAUCACAGUCAUCCAAACAUCAGAUGCACUGACUCUUCUCACUCAAGAGCUGUUACAGUCUUCUGUUAGCAUUGUGCCUGUUGCUUCUCCAUCGUUGGUUGAGAAUGUGGCCAGUAGCUCUGAAAAUAUUUCAACUGUGACUGUGGACAUUGCUGACAUUUUUUCUCUUUCUGAUGAUCUUGGAAAUGCACACAAUGUUAGUUUGCCAAGUGUAGGUGGUGUGUGUACAGUUAGUCAAGAAAGCAGUGCUCACGUUCAAGCUAAUCAGAAAAGAAAGAGAGUUAAUUCUGCUGAUGUUUGUAAAUCACCAUCUAAGAAAGUAAAAUAUGAGAAUUUAGACAAGGAGAGUGAUUAUGAUGAAGUUAUGUGCAUUUCCAGUACUCUUGACAAACAAACAGUGAGACGAUUAAAGAAUAACAUUGCUUCAAAACAUGCUCGUGCUGCCAGAAGGCAGAAAGAACAAGAUCUAUUCCAACAGGAGGAGGAACUUGAGAAAAGUAAUGCAGAACUGCGAAAGCAGGUGCAAGAACUAGAACAGCUUACAACUACAUUAAGGAAAGUUCUUGUUGCAAAAUUGAGUGGGGUUAAUUGUCCAGCAUAAAGAAAACAUACUAGUUCUUCAAGGUCCUACCAGUUAAAAAAAAAAAAGAAAUUAAAAAAGUAUUAGAAAUACAAACUAAAAAAAAAAAGUUAAGUAUAAUUAAUCAUAUCCAUUGGCAUAUGUAGUCAAGAGGAUCAGGCAGCUGUGUAUGACAUGGGACAGACUUAGUCUUUAGUACUUAUUUGUAUCUUUAAUCUUGUUAGUUAAUCAAGAAUUCCUGUUUGUAUUUUAUCUAGGCCUCAAAAAGUGAA